GUCAUAUUUAAGUAAUAGCAAAAUUUGACAUUUUCUGUCAUCAGUAAUUUCAUACCUGUUAAGAGAUGUGCACUCAAACUUUAUUAAUGCAUAGAUAUUAUAAAGGUUAAUUGCUUAACAUAGAAUAUUUUGGCAAAAUAACACUUGUUUGCUUGUCCCAGAGACCUCUUAGUUUCUUGCCGAAGACCUGAUAACUUGAAGUCUUCACAUCGGUUGCUAACAAAUUUUGUGAGUAAACAUAUAGGGCCUAUACAAACUUACUCAGAAAAUUUUAUUGCAAACCAAAUUGCAGAUCCCAAGUUAUUGAGUCAUUGGGAAAAAACAGUAAACAGUUGUUUUUUUCCUGUUUCAACUAAUUUUUGAUAAAUAUUUUUUGCAGAAUAAAAUAAAAGGAUUAGUUUCAGAAUGAUAUCACUUGUAAUCAAAUUCAAACGUCCAUUACUUCAAAGCUCAUUCCCACACCACCGAUGCUGCAAGAGAAUAAAAAAUGGUUUUACAAGCUUCGACCAAGGACAUCAGCAAAAGAAAUCUUUUCCGAGAAUAGAGUGGUUUUACAUUCCAGCUGGUGUUGGUUUUGGACUGUUGUGUUUGAUUCAAUUAAAACAUAUAUGGAAACGAGAGCAAAGGAAGAUAGCUUAUCCAGAUGGUGUUGAGAAUCCUGGUUUUGUAUUCCAACAAUGGCAGGUUGAUCUGUUAAAAAACUUUCCAACGCGAUCACUGUCACGAUUGUGGGGAUAUUGUUGCAAUGCUAACUUACCUGUAUGGUUGCGCAAACCGCUAAUAAAUUCCUAUAGUUGGAUAUUCGAAUGCAACUUGGAAGAAGCUAUAAUUACUGAUGUUACGAAGUAUCCAACGUUUAACAAAUUUUUCACACGUCGAUUAAAGCCAGGUGUCCGUUCAGUAGAUCCUCACUGCACUGUGGUGUCACCUGCUGAUGCUACGGUUUUAACAUUUGGGAGUGUAUCACAUCCGAAGCUUGAACUCGAACAAAUCAAAGGGUUUACAUAUCCAUUAAAGACUUUUGUUGGUCCAAGACAUCCAUUCUUAAAGGGUGUUAACUUAUCUUUUCCAGAAAACAAUGAUAUGCUUGCUGUUGGUAGUUGUCCCUCACAAGUUAGUGAAGAUGGUGACUUUAAAUUAUUCUAUUGUACCUUAUACCUCGGACCAGGUGACUAUCACUGGUUUCAUUCACCAACUGAAUGGACCAUAGAACAUAGACGUCACAUACCAGGUCACCUUUUUUCAGUAAAUCCUCGUUCUCUUCGUCAUAUAAAUGGUAUUUUCAACUUUAACGAACGUGUACUCCUGUCUGGUCACUGGGAGCAUGGUCUGUUUCUUUAUGCAGCAAUUGGAGCUUAUAAUGUUGGAUCAAUCAAGCUUGAUCUUAAUAUGGAUAGGGAACUGCAAACAAAUUCUUCAUUCCAAUCAAAAACAUUCAAAGAUCGUUUGUACAGCUCUGGUAUUUUAAUGAAGCGUGGAGAAACAUUAGGACGAUUCGAGUUAGGUUCUUCAUUAGUAUUGGUGUUUACUGCUCCAAAAGACUUUGAAUUUUCUGUUAAGACAGGAGACAAGUUGAAAUAUGGCCAAGCUCUGGGUCGUAUCGCAUCAAGUAGUGAUCAGAAAAUCACGUGAAUGAACUUCAGCUGCAUGUGUCAGGAGAUUUCAUUUUCUUUCACUCUUGAUGUGUUUCUUUGCAAUUAAAGUUACAAAGUUGCCAAGAAGUUGCUGAGUGUGAUGUUUUACAGCUGUUAGCUUUACGCUUGCUAUUUUUCAGCUUUAAUACUGGUAUUUCUUAAAAGGAAACUGUUAUACCAGUCGCUUGUUAGAUUAUCUAGGAUUAUAUCCUGAUACCUUUUCAAAUCUUCAGCCUGUAAAGUUAUUUAAAGGCUGAUUCCACGCCACAUUUUGCUCAAAAUAUUUCGAGCAGAGAAUAUUUUGAGUAUGCGCAUUGGAAAUUUUUAAAUUUUCUGGUAAUUUUUUUUUUCUUUUUCUCCCUGUUCGAGAGUGAGUAGAAUCGUUUUCUUUGUAGAAUUGAAUAUUCAAAUAAUUUUAUAGAAAUUUAUUCUAGUAAAAAUCUUUCUAACAAAGUCAUGAAAGUAGCACUCUAGCAGUUGCUCAAAUUUUGACGUCAAUUCUAGCAACUUGAUAGCUGAUACAAAAAUGUGUGCAUAGGGUAUAUUGUGGUAACUUAAAAAAGAGUUGAAGUCCACUCAACUUCGUUAGGCUCCUAAAAUAACUUUUUCUGUAGCCGUUUAUGUUGUUGUUUUUUAAAAAAGCUCUCUACCUUCCUUAUUGUAUGUGUGUAUUUUUUUACGUUAACCUUUUUCUAUAUUGCUUAGCAUUUCACUUGAAUUUAUUUGCAAAGUUUUUGCAAGUUUUUAUCACAAAGUGGAUGGUGAUUUGACGUGUUUUUGCAGUCCUAAAGAUGCAUUGUUUUUGUAACAUAUUUUUCUUAUAGAAUAUCAGUUUUUAAUACUUAU